GGAAUGCACUUCUUUAUAGUAAGGAAGUGUAAAUAAACUAUUUUUAGCAACUUGUUGGUCUGCCGGUCUGUGUGCGCACGCGUUUAUCUCAAGUUCCGCUAAACCGAUUUAGAUGAAAUUUUAUAUGUAAGUUUAUAUGGUCUAUGGCACGGAUUGAUCAACUUUUGGGAUAUACCAGGCUUCGGGAACUGCCCUUUUACUUAUUCGGCGGGCCUGUUUUACUUAUUCAACAGAUUUACUUGAAAUAUCAUAUAUAAGCUUUGCUCGACCGUCCGCUAAAACUCCUAACUUUUUGAAGAAAUCAGGCGUCAGCAACUAAUGAAUAUAUAAAUUUAAAACAAUGAAUAUAAAAAUUUUUGGAAAGAUCAGGGCUCGGAAACUGAUCUGAGGGCCGAUUUGACAUUUCUUACGACAUCCAUGGAUUGAAUUCAUGGAGUUUCUUGAAAUUUGAUUUCUGGUUGUUGCCGAAACUUACUGGUGAGCAUUUCAGGGAAUUCGAGUAGCACAAAGCGAAACUCUACUAAGAGCCACAUUAAAUUUUUUCUAGGAAUGUUAACUAUUAGCUUGCUAAUGCCCUAAAAAGUGAAAAAAAAACAGGCAUUUUUAUAAUAUUCUGAAACAUUUUCACUUAACUAGACAAUACACAUUGCGGUGGGUUAUGUACUGACCACAUCAGAUUUUUUAUUUAACCAGGAAAAUUUAUAUGUCUUUUUGAUUAAGGGCACUAAAAUUUUGAUACAAUAAAAUGAAAAGCAAAAUUAAACUGGACGCAUUUAAACGGAAAAUAUUUAUGUACUUUAAAUUUAUGUGAAGAUAAAAAUUGAGCCAGCUUUUCGCAAGUAUGACUGUACUUGAAUAAAAUUUCAAAAUUUUAUUUACAGAAACAGGCAGAUCGACGUUUGCCAAAGUAUCCAACGUUUUCAGAGUUCGUUAGCUGGCUUUUAGAUGAAGUGAAACGUCAUAAUUCAAUUGAUAUGCAUUUAGUUCCAGCAAGUAAAUUUUGCACGCCUUGCCUAAUAAAUAAAGAUAUAAUUAUAAAAUUUGAAAGUCUUCAAGAAGAUCAGUUAUAUUUAAUUGAAAAUGCAGGCUUACAACAUGUUAUAAUGCCAGAAUGGAAAAAUUCUGGAAAGGGCAGAAAUACGUUGGAAUUGCUUCAAAAAUUUUAUUCGCAAUUAACGAGAUCCCAAUUAGAUGGUCUUUAUGAAUAUUACAAAUACGAUUUUGAAAUUUUUGACUACAACCCCACGCCAUAUUACAACAUAGUUAAAUACGAAGAAAUUCGAGAAAGUAUAGAAAAUAUUAAAAUUUAGUUUAGCCAAUCUUUUGUUUAUUAAUAAUAUAAAAUAAUAAAUUGUGAUAAUUCAUAUAGUUUGAAAUUAUUUAAAAUAUAAGGAACUCUUUAAAA